AUUAAAGUCUUCUGUUCAAUUAAAUCGGGACCUUCAAUGGAAAGUCAAAUAGGCUAUAAAAAUAUCAUUCAAUGUUUCGGUAUAUCAAUUGGAACAGAACCGAAUCCAGAGUUUUAUCUUGUAUUAGAGUUUGCAGAACUUGGUGACUUGCGAGGAUAUUUGAACACGAUCAAUUUAAAUUGGAAAGCAAAAGUAAAUAUUGCAAGACAGACAGCGAGUGGUUUACGUUUCUUGCAUGAGAAUAAUAUUUUACAUCGUGAUUUACAUACACGAAAUGUUGUCAUCAAGCCCGAUACCAAUGGCAUUAGAAUUCUUAUUACUGACUUUGGAGCUUCUAAAUCCCUUAAUUAUAAUAGUACUUCAAUUGAUGAAUCAGUAUCCAGUGAGGAUGAUAUCCAACCAGACCAAGAAUUCUGUGAGGAAUCGAAUUAUAACGAUUCAAAAUUUGAAAAACAGUUUAGUGAAAUUGCUAUGAAUAGACCUGAAUUUAUCGCUGGCUUAGUUAAUCGAUUCCCUGGGGUUAUCCAAGCUAUGAAAGAGCCAGAAAAAACAUAG